AAAAUCUAUGCAGCAGCAGCAGGAGGAAUCUGUAAAAACCUCAACUUCGCCGCGUGCAUAUGAUAAUAAUCGUGAAACAAGCUCAAAACAAGAAGCAAUCAACCGAAACAUUGUUAAUUAUGCCUCUGUCGUCAAACGCAACACGCCCAAUAAUGCCGAAAUUACUAAGCGCAAAGCAACUAGUCUACCGGAUUAUUCACCCAGCACAAAACUUCAAAAACAAGAAACUAUUGUUUCGGACGACUCCACCGACAUGCCGUCGAAACCACGUGUUGAUCACCAGGAAAAGCUGUUUUUGCUACUACCGAGUACGGCUGCUAUCAAUGGCAAUAUUAAUAUGGAAUUCAAGACAAGAGCAGCUGAAAUAGAAGGGCGUGGAGAUGUCCCAAAAGAGCUAGCAUCGGAAUCCGACACGGGAAUGAAUCAGGAAUCAAGCCCAUGCCCCCGACUUUCGAGCAGAGCUGACAUACAAGGGGUACCUGAGCACAACGGGAACUUUGGGGCUCAGCACGGGGACGUUGACGCCAGUAAUGACGAUAAUGAUAAUGGCUCAGGAGGAGCAGUCAAGCGUACAACAAACAAUAGCAGCAUUAUUACGCCUUAUGCGGAAAUUGUACGACGAAACGCUGCAAGCAAGCACCCUUCUUUUCUGGGCAGUGGCGCUUUGACGCGCAUGCGAUCCAAGAUUCUGGCGGCAUAUGACCGACUUGACCAGCAGUUAGUGAAGCCAGCGCCAAUACCGUGGUUUGAAACGGGUGAUCCAUUAAUGCAACUUUACCGCAAAGAGAGAAAGCAAGCCAACGAGUAUGGAUAUAAGAUGAACAAGUACUUCAAGCUUUCGCAAAGAUGUUAUCACGAAAAAGAUUGGGAGAAUGCCAAGUAUUAUUCGGACGAAGGGCACUAUUACCGACAACGGAUGCAUGAGUUCCAUACUCGAGCUAGCCAUAGGAUAUUUCAACAGCGAAACCAGCAAGACGCACUGUUCAUUGAUCUUCAUGGGAUGCACGUAGAUGAAGCUAAGGCAAGCAUUGUCAGCUGGUUUCAGAACGAGCUAAAGGAUCACCGAGGCAUCGUAUACAUUGUGACGGGAACCGGCCAUCAUUCUCGGUCUGCUGCCACAUGUGGUAGUACAAGCAAUAACAAAGAAAGCAGGUUGAGGCCUGCUGCACAGAAUUUCUUGAAUAAUUUAUACAGGUGUGAAGAAACCAGUGUGUUAGGCGAUGACAAAGGAGGAGUGUUUGCCGUGUACCUGUGUCCCCAUCUUUAUUUGCCCAAUAUGCCUCUGUGUGUCUAUUGUAAAUUCUCCCCCACCGCCGCCGAUGGUGUGAUCCUAGAAUAAAG